AUGUGUUUAUCAUUGAAUGCCGUGCCCGAUGUCCUGUUCCAACAUCUUCGCAUCAGCCAAUGCCUCCUUCUACAUUGGUACGACGCCCAGCCGCCUCUCCGCUGCGCCAUCCUCACCGGCACCGGCCGCGCCUUCUGCGCCGGCGCCGACCUCAAGGCCUGGGACGCGAAGAACAGAGGCGCCCCCGGCACCGACGCCAAGUGGCCCUCGACCGGCGGUUUCGGCGGCCUCUCCAACCGGCACGGCAAGAAGCCCGUCAUCGCCGCCGUCAACGGGCUCUGCCUCGGCGGCGGCUUCGAAAUGAUCACCAACGCCGACCUCGUCUACGCCCUGGCGUCCGCCAAGUUUGGCCUGCCCGAGGUCAAGAGGGGCGUCGUGGCCAUUGCCGGCGCGCUGCCGCGGAUCGCCCAGAUCCUCGGCAGGCAGAGGGCGUCUGAGAUGGCCAUGCUCGGCGACAUGUACACGGCUGCGCAGAUGCGCGACUGGGGCGUUGUCAAUGGCGUCGUCGAGGGGUCUGCUGAUGACUUGAUCAGGGCUGUGCUCCAGGUGGCGGAGAAGCUGGCGAACAACUCGCCCGACUCCAUCAUCGUGACGAGGGAGGGACUGAUGAGCGGGCUCGGGGGCGAAGCGCCCCAGCAGGCUACGAAUCGGGUUGAGGCGGGCAUCUAUCAGCAGCUCGAGGGCGGCGACAACAUCAAGGAGGGCGUCCUGGCCUUUGUGGAAAAGAGACAGCCCGUCUGGAAAGACAGCAAAUUGUAA